GCCUUCUCAUAAAUACACAUUUCAGACAUUAAUCUUCGACAGUUUAAAAUAGAUAAUAAAUAGUAACUGGUAUAUUAAUUGUCGCUCGAAAUAGAAGAAAAGUAAAGACAGUAAAUUUAAUUUUAGAGUCCUUUUGAGGUGACGUGUUGAAUCGGGUCCUUUUCACUUCCUGGUCAGGGAGUCCUGAGGUGUGCGAUUGUGCCGACGACAACACGGUAGUAAUAACAAAAUGUCGAAGGUAACGUUUAAAAUCACCCUGACUUCGGACCCCAGGCUGCCCUACAAAGUACUGAGUGUUCCUGAGAGCACACCUUUCACUGCGGUGCUGAAGUUUGCAGCGGAGGAGUUUAAGGUACCUCCAGCAACAAGUGCCAUCAUCACAAACGAUGGCAUCGGGAUCAACCCGGCCCAGACAGCAGGAAAUGUGUUCCUGAAGCAUGGAUCAGAGCUUCGAAUCAUUCCCAGGGACAGAGUGGGAGGCUGCUGACUGGCUGCGUUGUGACCAUCACAGAAGCAAGAGCGGAAUGGAGGAGGGAACAUGUCUCACGUCAGCGUUUAACAACCCUUUUAUUUAUUACCUGACCCUGAAG